AUGGGGACGGUAAAGUUGUCCGGUCUAAAUGAUUAUCUCCAUCCCUCACCAGAGUGCAUCCUACCAUUAACUAAAACUAAAAAAUCAUUUGAAGUAACCCCUAGAACUGAUAAAGAUGUUGAUAGUGUUGGUAAUCAACCAGUUAAAGUCAGUUUGAGUGAUUGUCUAUCUUGUUCCGGAUGUCUUACAUCCUCUGCACCUAUGUUGGAAAAUAAUUUCUACUUGGAAGUUUUUGAUAAGCUUAAAGGCUCAAAAUGUCCAGUAUUAUCUAUAUCUACCCAAUCGCUGCUGUCCCUUAGCACUAUGUAUGGAUUGAAACUUACUGAAACAUUUUUGAGGAUUAAAAAAUACUUCAUUGGCAAGGGAGUUAAAUAUGUUUUCAAUCAAUCACUAGCCGAAGCCAUUCAAUUGCAAGAAUCAAAAAAGGAAUUCGACAAAUCUUACAAGUCAAACACAACUCUUAUCUGUUCCAACUGUCCUGGGUGGGUUAUAUAUGCGGAGAAAUCAUUGGAUAGAGAAUUUUUGGGUAAUAUGAGUACAAUAAUGCCACUACAGGCGAUACAAGGUUUGCUUGUCAAAUUUGUAGUUACUAUUAGGCAUAAAAUGGAGUUUAAUAUGUUCAAAUAUCGCGAAAUAUUCAACCCACUGUUGCUACCUAUAAUUAAUAUUAAUGAAAUAACGCCAAGUGAUAUAUAUCACUUAUGCAUUACACCAUGUCAUGAUAAGAAGCUAGAAUUGUUGCGACCAGAUUUAGUGGCAAAUUACAGCAAUCUAUGUAAAUUGCUACAAAUUGAUAAUGAUAGUAACAGCGUCAAAACGACCUCAUUGAUAGAUGGCGUUAUUACAACUGGUGAACUUGAACAGCUUUUAAAUGACGAUUUUUACAAUAUUUCAAGUGUAAACGAUGAAUUAUAUGCAGAUUCCGAUUUAUUAACGCCUGUUGAUCUAGAAUCUAUCAAGUCUCUGCUUGGAAUACAACAAAAUGGUGUCACCAAUGAUAUUAUAAAUAGUGGAAUUAUGCCAUACGAUAACACAGAAUUUGUUCACUCCGGAGGUUAUGGUGAAGAGCUGUUCAAAUAUGCUGCGAAAAGGUACCACGGUAAAAUAAUAGACACUGUGAAAUUCAAAAACGUCACGAACAAAGAUUUCAAACAAGCGACGCUACUAACCCAUGACAAUAUAGAUAAUAAAGAAAUCAAAUCAUGCGAUAAACCCACAAUAAAAAUAACAUUGGCAACUGGUUUCAGAAACAUCGCAAAUGUAGUAAGUAAUAUUAAAACAAACCUUGGAUUUAAUUACGUUGAACUAAUGGCUUGUCCUGGCGGCUGUAUUAAUGGGGGGGGUCAGAUCAAACAAUUGCAAGUAGAUAAGAGCUAUGACGAUAGGAUAUAUGUAAGUAGUGAUAAAAUACCUGCUAUAAUUGAGCUAGAAAGCUGGUUAUGGCUGGAAAUAUGUAGAUUGGUCGACAGAGGUAGAGGUGGAUUGUUGACUAUGGAAUUUAAGUCAAUAAAAGAUACACGUAUAGACUGGUAA